AGUAGCCGCCAGAUAAGUAACCGAUAGGAACGCCCUUCGCUCACGCGCGCUUCUCACACACGCAUACCCAUCGCAGUCUGUCGUUUAGUAAGUUGACAAGCGAAAUGCAUAUGGUUUUGCAUUAUAACUUCUCAUUUAUUUUUUUACUCGAUGAUUAAGAAAAUCAAAAUUAGAGAGUCAUCUUCUACAUGGAUGCAACGAGGAAUCGAGUAAAUGAACAACUGGCGAAGUGUGUAAAUCAUUAGCUAACAGAUAAGUGGUCGCUGACUGGAAAAAUCCGCUUCUAGAGCCCCUAGCGCAGCUACUUAUUUAUCGACAACUAUAUAAUCCUAUGGAUGGUGGGGAUAGCCACAGCAAGUCGUAUGACCGCGUCAUUGAGUCAUACUACUUGAAUGUACAAAAGUCAACUUCAGACUUCUCUGGGACCCAUGGGAACAGGUCAAGGAUAUUGCCAGAAGUCGAUUUCGUGUAUACACAGGAGUUUUUAGACGGAAGCAUUUAUCCGCUGUGAUUGAUGGAACCUUAAUAUUAAACUUUGGGUUUGUAAUCGUGGAAUAGAUUUAGAAUUGAUGGAAUAAAACCGACGAAUGGUUAAGCCUACUAUGCCUACACUACAUCCGUAUUGCUUCAUGUUGCAUAAUAAAAGUUCCAACAUUUGUAGAAACCUAUACAGAUAGACGUUAAUAUUAUCUAUUAUUUGUAUAUUUCUUCGAUAUUAUCGCUGAAUAUCGCUAAUCAUAUCGCUGAAUGAGUACAUACAUCGCGUACAUUAAGCAAACACUCGAGGUUAUAGAUUAUAUCGCGAUAAUUUGCCAUUGCAAACAGAGAAACAAGUAAUAUAUUGUAUAAAAUGAAUGAUUAAUGGACAAUGAAUAAUAAAGAUUUUUAUGCGUAGAAGAAGAAAGUAGGUGAUAGAAGUGGCGAGUAUAGUUGAAGGUGUUACUGGUGUAGGUGGGGAUGAUGUUGGCGGCAGUAGUGGAGGAAGUUCAGUUUCGUUUUCAGUCUCAUCCAGGCUGGAAUUGCGGCGAUGAACGCGACUAAAAUACACUAGAAAUCCGGUGUUCAACCCGACGAAGUUCAAGAAUCAAUACAGUGCGUGAAUACUCUGAAGGGGUUGCACGGUGGUGUGUGGCAAUAAAUUAGCUGAAAAGGCGCAAAUAUGCAAGCCGAGAAGACGGACAAUGAAACUGAGAAAAACGACACGAAGAUAGAGCAGAACGAUGCUCAGGCGGAGAAAAGCGACGCUGAAGUUGAAACGAAAGUGGAGACGAACGAUGCGAGUAAGAAGUCAGCCGAAGAAGCAGUGAUUAACAAGGCAGCAAAUUUGAAGAUCGAAGACGAAAGUGGAAGUUCGGCGCCUAGCAGUCCCAGUGCCACGCAGCCUGCAAGCUUUUUGGCAAGCUUUAAGGCGUUUUCGAAAUUCGGUGACCCAAAAAGCGACGGGAAACUGAUCACGUUGAGUCAGAGCGACAAAUGGAUGAAACAAGCGAAGGUGAUCGAUGGAAAGAAGAUCACUACCACUGAUACGGGCAUUUACUUUAAGAAACACAAAUCAAUGAAACUGGGUAUUGAACAGUACAAAGCGUUUUUGGAAGAACUGGCUAAAAAUAAGAAGGUUGACUUAGCAGAGAUGAAGAAGAAAAUGGCCAACUGUGGGCCACCCGGAGUUACCGGUGGUGCUGUAGCGGGCAAAGCAGCUUCCACAGUGGACAGACUCACAGACGUCAGUAAAUACACAGGCUCUCAUAAACAACGUUUCGACGAGAGUGGUAAAGGCAAAGGAAUCGCUGGUCGAAAGGACCUGCCCGAUCAGUCCGGCUAUGUGCAGGGCUACCAGAAUAAAGACACCUACAAAGCCCACUAGCUUCAGAUUCGCGCGCUUCUGCGAUGUCUUUGACACUCUGUUGUCCCGUCCACGCACUUCAUACGAAACGCUACAUGUCGCGUUCUUGCCUCUUCACGUUCCUCGACUGGCACAAGGAUCUUCCGUUGCAACCUGUUGACACGCAGACAAUCGACAUAAGGAACGACGAUGAUCGGCAAACGCGUUGAGAGCUUUCCUCGAUGAUACCUUUCGGGCGACCCAACGAGGAAUUUCAAGAAUUUCGCUCAAGAUCGAUUUCCUUCGCGACGAACAGCGACUCGGGAAGCUGGUGAUGGUUUAUUUGGACGAUUAUGUUAUCAUAGAUGAUAAUGCAAUUUUGCAGGAUAGUUUAUGAAACAUCUGCGAGUUGAGCUAUUUUAACGAAGAUACUUUUUCGUUGCUAAUCUUCUGAAUGCAAUUCCGAAGAUAUUAGGAUAUUCAUAGAUCGUACUGUUCGAAUUUUUGAUGCUACGCUGUGAACAUAGUUUAACGUUAUGUGCCUCAUUUGCUUUGUACUUUAUUUCACGUCAGCCGGCUCGUCGGUCGGAGCUUUUUCGCUUUUCACAGGACCAUUUAUCGCCCGGUCGUGAUGCAAUUUCAAUGCGACUAAUCGUCGCGUUUCUAUCAUUGCUUCUCUGUACGAUUCUCAGUGAAUCCAAAGAGCGUGCGAUUUUAUCGCAAUAGGUUCGUUUAAAUCGAUCAUCCAGUUGGGACGAUAUGAGAACGAUAUAAAUUCUAUCCUAUUUUCAUACUACCGUAGUUACGUUUCGCAUGGUUCCGAUUUAAUAUACCUGACUCGCGUUUCUUUUUUCUUGUACAUAUUGUACAACAGUUCGACAGGGUCGCAAGUACAAAUACUAUCGCUCGGUUUUCCUUCGUUUAUCAAGCGCGUGUUCGAUCGAAAGUUGAAAAGCUACUCGUCAAGGCAUUAGUUGGCAGAUACUCAAACUUCGAAAUUUCUUUUCUACGAUGUUCUCGAUCGUAGAUAGUAUAUGACACAGCAUGGAAACUAUAACAGUGUAGAUUUACGCUAAUGCUAGUCAGAAUUAGUCGAAGUUUAUCGAGAAUUUACGAAAAUUACUGGAACGACGAAAUCGAAGUUGCAGAGCAAACAAUUCUAAUUUCUUCUAUUAGGUUGAGUAAUGAGCUUACGUUGAGCGUUACUACAUUCGUAUAACAUUUAUCUACAAUCAAGGAAUAACUUUUUUAUCCUGUUUCUCUAUAUAAAGAUAUAUAUCUUUCAUAAAAAGAAUUCAAAUACGCGUAUCUUUACAUUCUGCGAACAUUUUUGUGAUAUUCUCCGAAACGUUCUAAAAUGCAUACGCUAGGCAGAGGCGAACGAACUUAUUACCAAACUCAACGCUUAAGUACUCGUACGUGCGCAUGUAUACUCUCUGCUAUCCUCUUCGAGGGUCAUCGCGCGGGUUUUUGGUGCAAAGCUACUUUUUUAGGGCCCUCUUGCAUAAUAAUUUACUAAAUAAUAAUAUUCAUAAAUCGACUAGUUACAAGUUUCAAGUUAUACGCCAUAAAUUUCCUUUUCUACAGCUUUAUAAUUUUUCAAACGUCAAAUAAGAUAAAAAAUUCACUUAUAAAAGCUUUCGUUUCUUUUAUCAGCAAAUUUAUUAAUAUUAUACUUGCAAUGAUAUUUAUUAGACUGCGAUUUUUUAUUAAGUAGAGCACUUGUUACAAUUUGUAAUAGGCGAAACAAAUCCCUAUAUAAAUUCUAUUUCUUUAAAUGUGUUCAGACGAACAGAAAUUUGUAUAGAAAUUCGCAAUUCGUGUAAUAUGGCAGAGUAAUUUGUAUAAUUUGACUAAUAACAUUGGUUCAAGUGUGUCAGAUUGUGAAACCGCAUAUGUACAACGUGUAUAUGGUCGACACGAAAGGUUGGAGUAUACGAUGGAAUCGUGAUUGCAUUAAUGUGAUUAUGCGAAUUUCGAGAUAUUUAUGGUUACAUACACAUUAAUCGAAUUAAAGUGUACUUAAAAGAUGACCGCCUGGCGCGCAAUGGCGGUAAGACCAAAAUCCGUAACUCUCUCUUGGUACUAAUUCUCCGAGAUAUUUAAAUGAAAGUCACCGUUUUCAAUUUGGAGGUACGACUGUGGAAGCGAAAAGGUACUUUUUUUUAUUAACGGGUAUUUAAAGAAUAUUGGAACAAAAAUAUUAUUUAUUCUAUGUUACAUCCUCAGAAAAAUACUGAAAAGAUUAUCGUUGAUUUAAUACUGUAAUAUAUUUGUUCUUUGUAUUCUUUAUAUGAAAUUUAUCUUGAAAAAUUCUUUGCAAUUUUGUUUUCAAUUUAGAAGAUCAUCUCGCUUUCACAAGAGUGCCAUCGUCGUAUCUGUAAAGCACUUUACGAGUUCUCUUUAAUCGAUGAAUGUACACUGUACACUUAUUUAAGCCAUUUAAGGGACAACGUACCUCGAUGGAUGCUCUUCUAAUUUUAGAAGACUUCUGAUCAUUCGAUAUAAUAAAGGCAAGUUGAAGGAA